AUGGCCCCUUCAGUACCACCCUCUGGCGUUUGGACGCCCGCAGUCACGCUGUUUGAUCCAGACACGGAUACUCUGCUUCCAGAGGACCAGGCAAAGUACUACAAGUACCUGAGCACCACUGGUCUUGCAGGCCUGGUUGUGCUCGGCAGCAAUGGCGAGACCUUCCUCCUGACGCGCGAGGAGCGCGCACAGCUCCUGCAGAUUGCCAGGCAGGCGGUCGGCCCAGACUUUCCCAUCAUGGCCGGCGUAUCGGGACACAGCACCAAGCAGGCGCUCGAGUUCAUCGCCGACGCAGCGGCAGCAGGCGCCGACUACGGCCUGCUGCUCCCGCCAGCCUACUUUGGCAAGGCCACGACGCAGUCGGUGAUUGAGGGCUUCUACGACGAGGUGGCGUCCAAGAGCAGCCUGCCGCUGGUGAUUUACAACUUCCCGGCCGUGUGCAACGGCGUGGACCUGGACUCGGACACGGUGACGCGCCUGGCGCAGCGGCACCCCGGCAAGAUUGUCGGCGUCAAGCUGACGUGCGGCAGCGUCGCCAAGAUCAGCCGGCUCUCGGCCGUGCUCAAGCCCGACGUGUUUGCCACGUUUGGCGGCCAGAGCGACUUUUUGCUCGGCGGCCUCGCCAGCGGCAGCGUCGGCUGCAUCUGCGCCUAUGGCAACUUGUUUCCCAAGACCGUGGUCAAGAUUUAUGAAUUGUUCAAAAAGGGCGAUCUGAAGGGCGCCCAGGAGCUGCAGGAGAAGCAGGCCCUGUCGGAGCAGGCCAUCAAGGCUGGCAUUGCUGUCACCAAAUAUGCCGCAAGUGUGUACACAGCACCCAAGGCGGGUAUCCAAGAUGCAGAGAAGAAGUUCAGACCCAGAAGGCCAUAUGAGGAGCCCACCCCGGCCGUCAAGGAGAAGCUGCAAAAGACCAUGGCCGAAGUCGCGUCUUACGACAGCCAGUUGGCAUAA